AUGGCGCCCAAGAGUGGGCGCAAGCCCACCACGAUCUCGGCCUGCUUGGCUAGAGCUGGCUUUCCACAGCAGCUGGAGGCCAGAGAAGCCGAACGGACCAUCGCUGAGGUCCGGCGAAUUGCAAGAUCCUGCAAAGCCCCUGUGCUCUCAGAAGAACAGCUUCUGUCCCAGCUUUUGCGGCCUGUCGCAAACCUGCUCUUGGAAUUCGUUCCCAACUUUUCUUCGGCGGCAGCAUCGAGCCGUCUGCAAUUCUGGCGCGAUGCUGCUUCGGUUGCGCUUGGACGCACCAAGGCCGGUGCUGCAUACAAGCAAUGGCUGCAAACGGAUGCCAUCUUGAUAGCUGCAGAGCAUGACUUGCUUACAGAGACACUGGAGCUGCCAGCUGAUAGGAAGCGGCCCUUGCAAGGAGACGCCAAAGGCGAGCCUGAGCCAGCAGCAAAGCGCCUCUGUGGCUCCUCCGGCCCCAGUGACAGAGAUCCGGAGGCCUUACGCCGAAAGCAGGAGAUGGCAAAAACGGUCCGCAGCUGCCAGGAGGAUUUGGAAGCGCUGCGUGCGACGCAGGCCAAAGAUCUUGAGAUCUUCCUGGAAAAGGAGGAGAGGAGCAUGGCGAGCCGUCGAGCUCGGUUUCACCAGACCCAGGCUGACCAAGUGGAUCAGAUGCAACGCCAGAACAUGCAAAUCAUCGCAGAUCUACGUGCGCAGCACUUGAGGGAGCUCUUUUCCCCGUGUUUGUGGAUCAGCUCCGGGGAGGUGCAGCCGUGGCAUGGUUUUUAUACACUGAGCACGGAAGAUUCCACGGACACUUCGCCCGUCUACUGCAAGUACAACUCCAGCACACCGUGUCUCUACGCCGCCAAAGGGGAGUGGUGCUUCAGCAAGAACAGGGCCAACCUCGUGACAAAGACGGGUUGCGGCUUUGUGCGUAGCACAAGCACAGCAGCUGCAGCUCCCAGUGUUUUGCUGGCGACCGGUUGGCGGCAACUUGGGGAGGACAGGAUGUGGUCCUCUAUUGAUCUGAGGAUAGAGGAGGUUACGAAUUCCACGGUGGAGUUUGUCAUCGUGUCCCUUGCUGGGGAUGAGAUCCUGCGGAAGAGCUGCGUUCUCAGCGAGACGGUGCACUACUUGAGAAAGCAGGUGCAAGCAGCACGACAGAGUCACGACAACAUACAGCUGUGCCUUCAGAACACCAGGCUCCGAAAGUCCACGCCACUCGGCUGUCUCAGCCUGAGGCCCGGAGAGACACUACAGGCAGUCUUCGGACUCCGAUCCUGCAUUGCUUGCAAAACGCCGAUCACGGGCCCGCCCUCACGCUGUGGCAGCUGCGCUCGGUGCCACUGUGCUGCUUGCGCCCGCGGCUUAACACGAUGUCGGAUCUGCGGCAAGCGAGUCUGCACCGCAUGCACGGCCUCCACAGCCGGGUGGUUAUUCGCCGGGAUGUGUCCCAGAUGUGCCCGGCCAUGGGGUUUCUAG